AUGGCCCAACCCAACCCAUACCUCCUAGCCUGCGACCAGCCCUCGGUGCUUCUCGAGCACUUGCGCUCCAAUCCCUCUGUCGCAUCGUGUCAGGACGAGCACGGCUAUUCCCUGCUCCACGCCGCGGCGUCCUACGGCCACAUCGAUCUCCUCCGCGCCCUGGUGAAAGAAUUCCAUGUCGACGUCAAUAUCCUCGACGAAGAUGGUGAGACCUGUCUCUUCGUGACCGAGAAACCCAAAAUCGCCAAGUGUCUAGUGGAGGAGCUUGGAGUGGACUAUAACAAGAAGAACGACGAGGGCCUGACCGCAUACGAGAAAAUGGAGGCCGAGGACGAGUUCCCUCAGGUCGCCAUCUACCUUCGACAGGCUGCCGGCGCACCUCCCGCAGCCGCCACUUCAGUUCCGCCCCUGGAUCCCUUGAACCCGCCGCCGCCAGUACCGGGCAACUUGCAAGUGAAUAUCGGGACAAUGUCGGAGCAGGAGGCCAGCGCGGGCGAGACAGAGGUGGAUCCGGAGUUCAAGCGGAGGAUAGAUGAACUGGCGGCGCGGGAAGAUUUCCACAGUGAGGCGACACAGAAUCAACUCCGGGAAUUGGUGAUGGAUGCAAUUGCGGGGACCAAUAUCGAGACGCAGGAACGAGAUCUGCGGAGGAGGAUGGAGUGA